GGGAGUUCGCCGUACACUAAGGGGCCGACUCCCGCUUUCCACGCACCUGCACUGCGCAGCCGCCCCAGGCACUCUGGAAGGAGGCACUCCUGAGGAUUCAGGGCUUCGCUUUCCACAACCAGCUCUCAAGUGGAAGGUCGAUGUUUUCGGUGUAAGCGGGGUGCUGCCUAAAGUGAGAUUGGCGGGACCACGGUCCGUACCUGCCAUCCCGGAACGACAAGUUGGAGCACUGCGUUUCCUGAUUGACCACAUUGGCGGUCACUUCCGCCCAAGGGUUUGGAAUACCGGAGGCGCUUUGGAUACGAACAGCACGAAAGGCACUUCCGGUGCCUGUUGCCAAGGCGCCGGCCCCUUGGGCCUAAAGGAGCGACAUUAUUGGCGUUGUCCUCUCCCCCCUACCUGGGGGUCGAGAUGUCGGGGCUCAGCGACCCAGAGAGAGAGGGCUGUCGUAACAUGCUCGCCCUACUGGUUGACGAUGAUAUCUUGGCCCUAUGCGACACCAUCACAAACCGCCUAGUGCAGCCUGAGGACCGCCAGGAUGCUAUUCGUGCAAUAUUAGCAUACAGUCAAAAUGUAGAAGAACUUCUGAAGCGUAAAAAAGUCCACCGAGAUGUCAUAUUUAAGUACUUGGCAUCACAGGGGGUUAUUAUACCUCCAGCUACUGAAAAACACUGUCUUAUCCAGCAUGCAAAGGAUUAUUGGAAAAAGCAAUUACAUCUGAAAUUGAAGGCAACACCAGAGCCAGUUAAGACCACUAUGGAUGUUAAAAUCUUUCAACAGGAGAAAGAAGAUAAAACUGAAAAAGUUGAUUUUCGUCAGUUAGGAAAAGAAUUCUGUCACUGGUUCUUUGAACUUCUUAAUUCUCAGAAUCCUUUUCUUGGACCACCUCAAGAUGAAUGGGGACCACAGCACUUCUGGCAUGAUGUCAAGCUUAGGUUUUACUAUAACACCUCUGAACAAAAUGUGAUAGACUACCAAGGAGCAGAAAUUGUGAGCCUUCGUCUGCUGUCACUAGUGAAAGAAGAAUAUCUUUUUCUCAGUCCCAACCUUGAUUCCCGCGGAUUGAAAUGUGCCUCUUCUCCCCAUGGUUUGGUUAUGGUUGGAGUUGCUGGGACUGUCCACCGAGGGAACACUUGCUUGGGCAUUUUUGAACAAAUUUUUGGACUCAUCCGCUGCCCUUUUGUGGAGAAUACUUGGAAAAUCAAAUUUAUCAACCUGAGAAUUAUUGGAGAGGCUUCACUUGCUCCCGGAGCAUUAAUGAAACCAGCUAUUAAAUUUGAACCAAGUGAUCUAGAGGCCUUUUAUAACGUAAUCACUCUAUGUGGUACCGGUGAAGUACAACAUAAUGUAAGGUAGGCAUUGGGUCAUGGAACUAGAGACCAAGCUUUAUGCAGUGGAAACAAGACAUUGUUGAACAAAAGAAAAUUGAGUUUAGGUUACCCUGUAAAGCAGUAAGAACUGUAUGUCAAUCUAUAAAGAAACUCUUCUAGGUAUUACAUUGACAUUUUAAAUGAAAUAUCUUUUUUGACUAUAGACUAAUAUAUUAUGUGAAUACUUGCCUCUUUCUACUCAAGUUGCAGCAAAUGUUCUGAGGGCUUAAUGCAGUUCAUCAAAUAAAUUCUACUUUAGAUGUUAUAAACAUUGUGCCUUAGAAACCAGGUAAUAUUUUAUUUAACUAAGUGAAUAUUCUGCUAAUGAGUGUGCUUUUCAUGUGGGAAAGGAGUAAUGUAUUCAAGGCUUCCCCUUUUCAAAUUUCUUUUAGCGGUCUGGAUAAUUUUACAAACACAUCUUAAUGACUAUUGUUUUUUUCAAAGUACAUAUAUUAGAGAUGUUUAAUGUGAAAUCAAAGUUAAUAUUUUAGAAAACUUGAAUGACAUUCUUAUGCAAAAAGUCCAGCAACUUAGCAGGUGUAAAAAAAUUUACUUUGCCUUUUUAAAAUUUGAAGAACAUACUUCAAAGUACCGACUGUAGUCCAAGGUAAAUAUUUUAUAACCUGCAACACUUCCUGAACUGUUUCAGACAAUGAUAAGUGCUGGGCUCAAGACAGACCUUAUCGUGUAAGGCUUUAACAGUUUUAUGGAGUAUUUAUUGUAACACCAUAUAAAGGAAACACACUGUUGAAAUUUUUCAAAAGAUGUGCCCAAUUUCUAACCCUUAAGUGAAUUACUGUAUUCCUCUUGCUUGAUGUUGGAUGAGGUGAACCAAAAAAAAAAAAAAUUACAAUCUAAGAGCAUACUCCCUCAUCAUAAAUUAAAAUUAUUAGAAUUUUUUCAACUGUGAUUUGUUUUACUAGGUUUGAGUUAUGAGGUUAAGUUGCCAAAUUAAUUACAUAUUUGCUUUGAAAUUUAAAUUUCUCAUCACCCAACAGCUACUUGCCGAUCUGGAUUUAGUUUGUAAUUUUAAUUUCCAAAAUGCCCAUUGGGAAAAAAUUCAGCUGGGAAAUGUUGUGAUGCUGUAUUGUACCUAUUGACUUUCUACCUUUAACUCUGCUUGUGAUCAUCUAGGGUGACUGGAAAGAAUUGUGGAAGCAGGAAGAAAAUACUUUCUUGUUUUUUUUUUUUUAAGUGUCGUACCUCUAAUGAGGAGUAUAAAUUGAUGUGUCCUAAAAAACUUAAUAAAAGAGGGGAAUCUCUUUUCUCAGCUAUUGGAAUAGCGUAUUGUUUAAAGCCAAAUUUUCUUUGAGAAUGGCAUUAUAACAUGUAAUUGAUAAAUAUCCUAAGUAAAGGAUAAAUUAAAAAU